UUGCCCCUUCCACCUAAAAAAAUACGCAAAAGAAAGACGAACGCGACUUUUCCCAUCCUUCUUUCUGUGUUAAAUAAUUGCUCUAUUUAUGUGCAUUUGGGUGAGAAAUUCGGUAAAAGUGCAUACACCGGCUUACUGUUUGCGUAUUCGUUAAGGGUGUACGUUAGGCGAGCGAACCACAGCUAUGUCAGACAUUGACGACGAUUUCAUGUGCGACGAUGAUGAUGAUGAUUACGGACUGGAAUAUUCCGAAGAUAGCAACUCGGAACCGGAUGUGGAUUUGGAAAAUCAAUACUACAACAGCAAGGCUCUGAAGGAGGAAGCUCCACAGGAUGCGCUGAAAUCCUUCCAGAAGGUGCUGGAUCUGGAGAAUGGAGAAAAAGGCGAAUGGGGCUUCAAGGCGCUCAAACAGAUGAUAAAGCUAAACUUUAAGUUGCAAAACUAUCAGGAAAUGAUGGCCCGCUACAAACAACUGCUCACGUACAUCAAGAGUGCUGUAACGCGAAACCAUUCGGAGAAGUCGAUCAAUUCCAUACUGGAUUAUAUUUCCACGUCAAAAAAUAUGGAACUUUUGCAAAAUUUCUAUGAAACAACGCUGGAAGCACUGAAGGACGCGAAGAACGAUCGGCUAUGGUUUAAAACAAACACCAAACUAGGCAAGCUGUACUUUGACCGGAAUGAUUUCGGCAAGUUGCAGAAAAUCCUUAAACAGUUGCACCAAUCCUGCCAAACGGACGAUGGUGAGGACGAUCUGAAGAAGGGCACACAGCUACUCGAGAUUUAUGCGCUCGAGAUCCAAAUGUACACGGUGCAGAAGAACAACAAAAAGCUAAAGGCACUGUACGAGCAGUCGCUGCACAUUAAGUCAGCCAUUCCGCAUCCGUUGAUAAUGGGUGUAAUUCGGGAGUGCGGUGGCAAGAUGCAUCUGCGGGAGGGAGAAUUCGAGAAGGCACACACGGACUUUUUUGAGGCAUUCAAAAAUUACGACGAAUCCGGUUCGUCUCGCCGGACGACCUGCUUGAAGUACCUUGUGCUGGCAAACAUGCUGAUGAAAUCCGGCAUCAAUCCGUUCGAUUCGCAGGAAGCGAAACCGUACAAGAACGAUCCAGAGAUCUUGGCCAUGACAAACCUGGUGAUGGCGUACCAGAACAAUGACAUUAUGGAGUUCGAAGCGAUCCUGCGCAACAACCGUAACAACAUUAUGGCGGAUCAAUUUAUACGGGAGCACAUUGAGGAUUUGCUGCGCAAUAUACGUACGCAGGUGUUGAUAAAGUUGAUUCGGCCGUAUACAAAAAUUACGAUUCCUUUCAUAUCGAGCGAGUUGAAUAUAGAACCGGCGGAGGUGGAAAGUUUGCUUGUAUCCUGCAUACUGGACAACACGAUCCAGGGUCGUAUCGAUCAAGUAAAUCAAGUGCUGGAAUUGAACAAAGAAGCGCGUUGCGGUGAACGAGACAUUGCGAUCGAGAAGUUGGCCACACAAAUAAAUUCCGUACAGGCGGCCAUUAUCAACAAGAUGGCCUGAAAUCAGGAUUACUAAAGUGAUCAUGCUCGAUGGAUGGUGGCUGUAAAAAAUAAAACACACAGGAAAGAUCCCAGUGCAGUGGUGAGAUGGCGAAUGGGAACGAAUGCAGUGUAGAUCGCGAAUACUGAAUCACGGAUCACGAGUGAAAAAGACACGUAAAAACGUUCUGCGAGCGGUAUAGCUGUUACCUGUGGAUCUGCUAUUAUGCAAAGUCAGUCAGUCAGCUGAUUAAAAUAAUCUCACUUGCCGCGUUUGUCAAUAUUUGUCUUUUGUUUCUGAUAGUGAGCCGGUUGCUAAACGAUUCAACGGUUUUUUUUCGUUUAAAUGAUAUUCAUUUUUAUGCUCGAAUAUCAUUGAAUUUAGGGGGAUGUGGGCAACGAUGCAACGGUGAGAUUAUUGGCACAAUAUACAAUAUACAAGAGAUACGUUUAAAUGCCUGCAGGUGAAAUCAAACCUCUACACACAAACACACGCGAUCGUCGAGUAGAAGGUGCAUGUGUAAGAUGAACAAUAAUUGCAGAAUAAACCCUUGCGAAUGCUGAUUGUUAGAAGAA